GGAGGAGGCAGUCUGCUCKGCUUGUACCAUCGGAUGAGUCCCCYUUACCACCCUGUCAGUGUGGUGGAGAAGGAGACAGAGAGAGGCUGAGUGACAGAGAAAGUGCACGCGAGAGAUGCAAGCUGCUUAGAGAAAGCCGAGGAAGAAUAAGGAACACGUUUUGCACGAGCAAAAAGGAGGAGGAUCGCAGACGAGGGACUCUGUCUCCUCUGGGCACCCAGGACACAGUCACUGUCUUUUUUCCCCCCACUUGUCUACAGCUGGAACUGAGUGGAUUGGCUUACCCAAGCAGUGGAUUUUUUUUUUAAAUAUAUGCUUGUGCCACAUUUAGAAACUGGGAUCAUUUCUCUUUUAUUCGUGCUCCUGCUGACUCUGCUAUAGACUGUGAUUGUUCUCUGUGUCUGUACUACGUUCUYGUGUUGUGAUCCUGCUCCUCAGACAAAGUGCAUCUGUUGCCAACUGGCACUGGGGAGAUCUUCCUCUGACAAGCAGGACAGUGCGCAGCCAUCGUCAAAUCACACUAGAGAGAAAGUCUGUCUGUGUGUGUGUUUGUGUGGAUGUAAGAGAGGGGGGAAGACAUAGUGAGGGGGAGUAAGAGCGAGUUAAAACCCUGGCAAGAAAAGACUGGAGUGAAACAGCUGAAACAGAGAACCUAUACGUCCUUUCCCGUUCUCCUUACCGUUCCUUUCUUCCUCCUCUCCCUCUCCUUCUUAGGACUGCCAGAGCUACUGCCACCUGCACCUCUUCUCUUUCUUCUUUCCCUCUACCUCACCCUCACUAUCCGUUAGCUGCCGCCGACAGACACGCCACUCUUGGUUUCUAGCACUUGAGGAAAUAUUUCUAUUGAUCCAGCAGCGAGUGGGCACCUGCCUGAUACCAAGUCUCUGAGCGAGUGAGGGGGGGGCAGCCGACGACGAGAGCUUCUUGAUCCAAGGCGGACCUUCUCCAAACCACAGGUCUUCUCUCUACAGGACCAGCUUUUGGUGCAAACAGCAAGGACUGGAAUUGCACAGCCUCUCUGUUGCCUCUGUCACAUUGCUAGCUACUUGGCAGCUCUCGCCCCCCCCACAACCCCCCUCCCGUGUCACCAUUCCCUGCCUCAGUGCUAAGGAUUCCAGCUACAUGGGCAAGCGAUUGGAGCAGCAGCCAAUGUACCCUCAGUACACCUACUACUACCCCCACUAUCUCCAAACYAAGCAGCCCUAUGCUCCACCCCCUCAUCCCAUGGCUCCUCCCAGCCCCAGCACCAACAGCUGCAACCAAGGAGGGCCAGAGCAGCUGAGUAAGACCAACCUGUAUAUCCGUGGCCUGCCACCUGGAACUACCGACCAAGACCUCAUCAAACUUUGCCAACCGUAUGGAAAAAUAGUGUCAACCAAGGCCAUUCUGGAUAAGAACACUAACCAAUGCAAAGGCUAUGGCUUUGUGGAUUUUGACAGUCCAGCUGCAGCACAGAAGGCCGUGUCRUCUCUCAAAGCCACUGGGGUUCAGGCCCAAAUGGCCAAGCAACAAGAGCAGGACCCCACCAACCUGUACAUCUCCAACCUGCCAGUGUCGAUGGAUGAGCAGGAGCUGGAGAAUAUGCUGAAGCCCCUGGGUCACGUCAUCUCCACACGGAUACUGAGGGAUGCUAAUGGGGUCAGCAGAGGAGUCGGCUUCGCCAGGAUGGAGUCCACAGAGAAGUGUGAAGUUGUGAUUCAGCAUUUCAAUGGAAAAUACCUGAAAACCCCACCAGGAAUUCCAGCCCCCACGGAGCCUUUGCUGUGCAAAUUUGCCGACGGAGGGCAGAAGAAACGCCAAAGCCAGAGCAAGUACCCUCAGAAUGGGAGGCCGUGGCACAGAGAAGGCGAGACUGGCAUGGCGUUAACAUACGAUCCUGCCGCAAUGCAGAAUGGGUUUUACUCGUCGCCUUACAGCAUCGCCACCAACCGCAUGAUCGCACAGACCUCCAUCACGCCCUUCAUCGCUGCUUCCCCCGUUUCCACAUAUCAGGUCCAGAGUACGUCAUGGAUGCCUCAUCAACAAUAUGUUAUGCAACCAACAGGUGCAGUGAUCACGCCAGCCAUGGACCACACUAUGUCCAUGCAGCCUGCCAGCAUGAUGGGCCCUCUCACCCAGCAGAUGAACCAUCUGUCCUUGGGCACUACAGGAAGUUACAUGACUGCUGCUGCUGCCGCGGCGCCUAUGCAAGGGACCUACAUUCCCCAGUACACUCCUGUGCCUCCAACCGCCGUCCCUGUCGAAGGAGUGGUGACAGACACCUCACCCCAGACAGUGGCUCCUUCAUCACAGGAGGUGGCUGGCCAGCAGCAACAAAUCCAGGUGGACAGUGCCGCCGACCAUGUUCCUGCUUUCUCAUACCAGUCCAAAUAGCAAACGGCCAGAGCGAAUGUUCCUGUGACAGCGUUGCCUUGAGACAGAGGGUGGCUGCACUGUGAAUGUGAGGAG